AUGCUCAUACUGGAGAACUUUUCAUAUGUUCAAGGGCUUAUAUUUUCCUUGAACUUACUGGGAACUGCUCAUAAGUCCAGUGCCUUUUGUUUUGAAGUCAGAUGUAAAGAAGGGAGCUUGGAGGGUUCUAACUUGAAAGGUUUGGUGGAUGACGAAAUUGUCAUGAAGACGGGCAAGGCUGCAGGCAUCGGUUUAGCUGUUGGCACUGUGUAUGGUGCGCUAAAUUCUAUGCUGCAUGAUGGGCCUCAGGUUGGCAGUAAUGUCAAGUAUCCCCAGCUGAUCAGAACUACCAAGGUGUGUGGGCAUUGUGCAGCAAACUUAGCGGUUGUUGGAGCUACAUAUGUAGGCGUCGAGCAGGCUCUUGCAAGGUACAGGAUGAAGAAGGACAUCAUUAAUGGUGCUGCUGCUGGUUUUACUGCUGGUGCUGUUUUGGGUUUCAGAGUUGGGAGCUUCCGGACAGCAUUCUUUUCAGGGUCUGCACUCGCUUUGACAUCUGUACUGCUGGAUGUCACCGGAAUGAAAACUACUGAUGAGGAAGAAAAAGGCAACCACUAG